AUGAGGCAAAAAUGCCAAAGUAUCAGUGCAGAGAAGAACAUCGCCAUAGCUGAGGAAGUGGACCGCCUAUUAGCCGCUGGAUUCAUACGAGAAGCCCACUAUCUGGAAUGGAUGUCUAACGUGAUUCGCAUGAACCCGAAGAAUGAGGAGAAGACCUCCGUCAUCACUGAUCGAGGCUUGUAUUGUUACACAGCAAUGCCUUUUGGGCUAAAGAACGCAGGCGCCACCUACCAGCGACUAGUUAACCAGUGGGACUCCGGAACAACACUUGAACGAUUUGAGGGAGACUUUCGUGAUACUGAGGAAGUACCAGAUGAAGUUGAACCUGGCAAAAUGCGCAUUCAGCAUCGGAUUGGGAAGUUCUUGGGAUUCAUGGUGUCGAAACGCGAAAUCAAAGCCAACCCCGAGAAGGUAGAGGCCAUCCUCAACAUAGCCCCACCUCAAAGCAUAAAAGAGGUGCAAAGGUUGGCCAGGCAAGUGGCAGCCCUCAACAGCUCAUCUUGUCGAGCUAAAGGAGGAGUGGGGGUGCAUAUCGUUACAUCCGAAGGAGAGGAGUACAAUUACGCCAUCAAGUUGGCAUUUAAAACCACAAACAACGAAGCAGAAUAUGAAGCGCUGCUUUCGGGAUUGGCGGUAGCCAGGUCUCUGGGUGCCACUGAAAUUGAAGUACGAGCUGACUCUUAG